AUGGAAUUGGAGGAGGUGCUGAGACAGAACGCCGAGCUGGAGGAUUUUCUUCAGAGUUUGGUAGUGGCACAUGCGAAAGCGCUGCAGGACCAGGGCUUGGCGGAUCGGCUGGAUGCCAUACGGCGAGACAUAUCGAUAUGUUUCAAUGACCUGACGACUCUGAAUGGAAUGCUCAUAUCAUGCGACGGUCAGAUACGUGAAGAGAUUGAUACGCUGCAGAAAUGCAGGCACAAAAUUGCCAAGUUAAGCAGAAAGAGGCGUCAGCUCCUGGCGAAGAAGGACCACUGGAGCCGUAAUACGGAUAUUGAACUGGAAAGAAAUAGUCCGGUGUCUUUGGCGAUUGAUGCCAGCUAUCGUUCGGCACUGGACCAGUAUUUGAAGCUGGCGGACGGCGGUGACGAUACCGACAGCGGAGAACGCCAGGAAAAUGGAAGCAGUCCCGACAGAGCCUGGCGUACACUGAAGAUCUUGCAAUCAUGCCACGAUUCUGUCUCUCAGAGUAUUAGACAAGCGACCGAGCUUCUACACGAGUUUCACAAAGAUCAGGACUUCCUUGAGAGAGAGAUUAGGACUCAGUCGGCUAGGGUACGACGCAAGAUUAGCGCUAUCGAUGAUGAGAUUUACAAAAAUAGUAUUGCUCGGAGAGAGUUAAUGUCAAAGGUGGGGCUCCCUCUGCCGGCCUCCAAAGAAUCAUCGACGACGCAAAGACUACUCCAUCUGAAUCUCAACAACGAUGCAGAUAAGGAGUUGCAAUCAGAAGAAGAGCACAUCGCAAAUCAUGCUGAAGAGUUCAUCGAGAUGAAAAUUGCUUCGUUACAGGAUCAGCUCACACACAAGAAAGAAAAUUCGUCGUCGCUCGCGGUCGACAGAGACCUUUGGAACGACUGCAUCGAGUGUGUCAAGAAACUUGAAGACCGAAUCAAAUCCGUUUUAUCAGACGAUAAGAACCUCUCAAGUGCUACAACCGGUCAAAUGAGGCCGUGGAUAGAACAGAGUUUACAAGAAUUGACCGAGAUUGUAGCGUCAACUGAUAAUCAGAUUUUGGUGAAACUUGUCAGAGAUGAAAGAGAGGUUAUUGAGAACGCAUAUCACGAGAUAUCAAAAAGAACGGAAACAAAUGGUUCCGCUUCAGCUUCAAGAAAUGGUCGCUCUAAUCCUCCCUUCUUGGUUGUCAGCAAAUCUCCUCCUAAGAUAGCUGUCACAGAUAAGACUGCUCAGCGAUCGAACAACGAUAGCACACCUUCAGAGGGUCUUACAUUCCUAAAGGAUAAGUCCAAGAAGAAAGAAUAA